AUUACUAAUAAAAUCAAAAGCACAUUUUUAUACUAUUUCAUUGUGCAACUUUCUAUAUUUACUUCGAAUUUUCAUUGUCAUAAUUCAAUGUUUAAAGUAGUAAAUUUUGAAAAAAAAAAAGAAAAAAAGAAAAGAAACGAAAAGAAAAAGCCCGAACAUUAUUGGAUUCAUAUUGCGGGUAGGGUAUUUAGCAGAUCUGAUAACGUGGGUUUAUCGCAACUAUUCGGGUAGAGAUUUAAUAAUGGACUUUUAAAUUUUUAAUCCCAUCGAGGAUCAGAUCUUAACACACUCCUGGGAGGCCUGCUUCUGCUUGCAACGCAGGGAGGCUUAUAUAUAUAUAUAUAUAGAAUCUAUGUACGUAUACACGCACAGUCAGAGAGAGAGUGAGGAGAGGCGGGAGAAAUAGAACUGCUGCAACUUAUGCCAAUAAUAAUAUGGAUAUGUUUUACUAUUAUAUAUAGCUUAACGGCAUUGCCCUCCAAGUGUUUGUUCGUUGUUCUCUGAGAAGAGCAAAAGUAGAGACCUCUGUUUGUUGAGAUGGCAAACAGCAAGUACGAGUACGUGAAGUCAUUCGAAAUUGAAGACGAAGUGAUGUUGCCCAACUUGAUCGUUAUUCGAGUCGACGGUUGCAAUUUUGGCAGAUUUUCUGAAAUUCAUGAUUUUGAGAAACCAAAUGAUGAAAAAGCUUUGAAUCUGAUGAAUUCUUGUGCAACUGCUGUCUUAGAGGAGUAUCCAGAUGUAGUCUUCUCGUAUGGAUUCAGUGAUGAGUAUAGUUUUGUCUUCAAGAAGGAAUCCAAGUUUUACCAGAGACGUGCCAGCAAAAUGCUAUCGCUCAUUGUAUCAUUCUUCACUUCUGUAUACGUCACAAAAUGGAAAUAUUUCUUUCCUCAAAAGGAGUUGAAGUUUCCCCCUUCAUUUCAAUCGAGGGUCAUAACUUGUGCAUCAAUGGAGGUUCUUCAAGUAUAUCUUGCAUGGAGACAAAACGAGUGUCAUACAAAAAACCAGUAUGGUACUUGUCUUUGGAUGCUGAUUAGAUGUGGAAAGGCUGAGAAAGAAGCACAAGAGAUACUGAAGGGCACACAGAAACAAGAGAAAAAUGAGCUGCUUUUCCAACAGUUUGGUAUCAACUACAAAAAGCUCCCUAGCAUGUUCCGCCAAGGGUCUUGUGUUCUCAAGACACAGGCAGAAGAUAUUGUAAAGUACAAGGAUAAUGGAACUCCUGUUAGAAGACUGCGAAAAAAGGUGAUUGUUGUCCAUUCAGAAAAUAUAGCCGCAAGAAGCUUUUGGAGUGAGCACUCAUGUCUCAUUAAAGAACUUGGAUAUUUUGGAGAAGACAUCAACAAAAUUAAACCUGAAUAUGUUAAGUCUUUCCAAUUCGAGAGCAAGUUGAUGCCAUCUACUUGGAUUGUGGUUCGAAUUGAUGGCUGCCAUUUUCACAGAUUUUCUGAAGUUCAUGAAUUUGAGAAGCCGAACGAUGAGCAAGCCUUGAACCUUAUGAAUUCAUGUGCAGUGGCUGUGGUGGAAGAGUUUCAGGAUAUAGUUUUCUCAUAUGGGGUCAGUGAUGAGUACAGUUUCAUCUUGAAGAAGGAUACUCAGUUCUAUCAAAGGCGCGCCAGUGAAAUAGUGUCCCUCAUUGUAUCAUUCUUCUCUUCCACAUAUGUACUCAAAUGGAAAGAAUUCUUUCCACAUAAACAGUUGAGGUACCCGCCAUAUUUUGAUGGACGAGCUGUAUGCUACCCAUCAGCUGUGAUUGUUCGAGAUUAUAUAGCAUGGAGACAAGUGGAUUGCCACAUUAACAAUCAGUAUAACACUUGUUUCUGGAUGCUUGUGAAGUCUGGAAAGAGCAAAAGCGAAGCUCAAGACUAUUUAAAGGGUACUCAAACACGAGAGAAAAAUGAACUGCUUAAGCAGCAAUUUGGCAUUGACUACAACACAUUACCAAUCAUGUUCCGCCAGGGAUCCUCUGUUUUCUGGGACAAGGAAGAAAAGAUGGUGUUUCAUAAAGAUGGAGAUGCUGGCGAAAAAUCUAGGAAGAAAGUUGUUGUGGAAUACUGUAAUGUAAUUGAUAUGAACUUUUGGAGAAUACAUCCAUCCAUACUUGAGGAGAAGACACGGUUACUGUGAAGCCUUGGUCACAAUUAUAUUUUCAGCUAACAUAAAGCUCUAAUAAUUUAAUUGCUACCACCUGUAAUCUCUGUACAUUUGUAUUAUUUAUAUUGACUGGUUUUCAGAA